UUCCUCUUUUGGUUGCUAAGUGACCGUAACGGCGAUGAAUCCUGACCCCAUCACUCCUCGUUUAGAGAGAGCAAGACACUACUGAUCAGACUUCAGGAAGCUUUCUGCCACCCAUGGAAGAGGCAGCUAGAUACCCACAACCCAGUUAAGGCUGUGUCCCUGGAAAGCUGAGCACCGGGGGGAGAACGAUGGAGUCCAGUACAGCUGUGUUCUCCAACCUGGGGAGCCCCUUCUUAGAGGCAUCCAGUUUCCAGAGCCAGAGCCAUUACCACCCUUCCCAGGCACAGCCACUGAGCCAGCGAGAGAGAUCCACGGCUCUGAGCCCAUCUCGUUUGCAGCAGAAGAAUCACCCCACCUUUUCCGAGGAUACAAAAGCUUCGAGCCCCCCACUUCCGAGUUUCCUACCUGACUCCAGUUGCCAGGUGGCAAACCCCCCAAACUCAGACUCCGCAAGCCCCUUCAACGAAUCAUGGCCUUCGACUGAGCGCAGCUCGUCCUCCCUGACCCCGGAGGGACCAAAGGCACUUCCCCCAGAGCAGACAUCGGGGUCAAAGGCUCUGGCUUUCCCAAAGCUCCAGGACUCUUUUUCAGACAGUGAAUCAAUUAUUGCCAGGUAUAUCGAGCGAUUCCGUUAUGGGCAGCCCACUAACCGUAGAGAGCGCUGGAGACCCGACAGUCAUUCUUCUCCCUUUUGGUGGUUUGGCCAAUCCUCUCCUGAAGGCGACACCUCUAAGAUGGAAAUGUCAGCAUCUUCAGGCGCCAAUAGGAAGGACGUGGACACCUUUGUCAGGACAGACUCUGGCCAGCGUGAAGGGAGAGUAUCUUCUUUCAGCCCUGCACUGGACCAGUCUCCUUCUGGAGAAUCCCUGAACUCUUCCACACUGGAUCCCGACACAGUGAGCCUGCAAGAAAGAGCAGCCAGGCUUUUGCACAGAAGCACAUCCCCUUUGAGCAGCUGCAGGCACAUAAGCUCCGAGGGACUCAGCUCCACCCCCACAUCUACCAUCACAAGUGCUGAUGCAGAUCAGAUGGGGCAGGCCUCGAAGCAGCCAGUGGGGCACCAACGCAAAGCCAGCCUAGGUGCCAUCUCUUGCCCCAUCGUCCAAAUACCGCCAUCUUGUUCUUCCUUGCGACCAGAGGAUGACAUCUUGUUUCAAUGGCGCCUGCGUCGGAAGAUGGAGGAAGCUAGCAAAGCCGUUGCUGUGCUGCCCUCUGUAGGCUGGAGGAGUCAAUUCACCGAGCCAGCCUACCCUCCUAGCGUGAUGGGCAGAGCAGGUUGGAAGUCUCCAGAACCCGUCAGCUGGAGAAGCAAAGAUAGAACAGAGUUGCUGACAUCUGAGGCCCAGCUAGGACCGACUCUGGAUGAACAUCCCUGUUGCUGUACGGAACGUUUGAGAAACGGAUCAGCCUCCCAGCAGCCAAGAGAAGGCGCUCCGUUCAGUGAUCAGAAUGUGAUGGCUGGAAGGUUUGAACUGAACAGAGAACAGACAGUAAAGAAGUCAGUCCCACAAGAGGAUCCUGCCCCUGCACAUCUGGAUUUUCUUCCUCCACCAAGGCCUGCGGGGGCCACCAAAUCUUUGCACCAGAUCCCGUCAGACCAUUCCCCAAGGACAGCCCCACCUGUACAGAAGGUGUGCACCGAACCCAGAGAAAAGCAGAGGACAUUCAAAUCUGAGCGAGGCAGGCCAAAGCCAGCCAAAGACUCUGCAAAGCCAUCUGUCAGUCCUGUGAAACACGUACAACGCGUCUUGGGAGAGGUGGUCGCUGAAAGGCUCUUCUCUUCACCUGAAUCUCCAGUUCGCCAGAGGGGUAAAUUGAAGAAGAGCUCCAAGAAACAGGACCUGAAAGAGUCUCUGCCAGACACUGUUGCCACGCCAUCCUAUCCCAAGCUCCUAAACAUGGCUGCUCAGCUCCUAGAGCAGGCUGAAGACUCGGAUGGCACAGAUUUCGAGGAUGAUCCACUGCUGCAGGUGCUAAGGAGCCAGAGGGACUUCUUACGCAGCCAGCUGAGGGCUGUGGACAUGCGGAUGGCUCAGCUAGAAGGUCACCAUUCCACUUUGGACUUCUCCCAUCCGUGACAAACUCUGGCAUGGUCUUCUUCGCCUCUCCAAUAUGCUUUGGGCAUCCCUUUCUCCAGGGAGGAUACACAAGGCCUGGGGCAAAGGGCUGAUAACCACGACUGCUUGCACACUUUGAGUGUGGUUAUGUGCUUUGCACCUAGCAAGCUGGGUGUAUUCACAGAAGCCAACCGUGAGUGCAGAGAAACCAGGUUUUGAUACAUUGUGUUGUCCCUAGCACAUAAAUAGUGCCCUGUUUCCAUGGUUUCUCUGUGUGUGUGUGUGUGUGGUUUUU